GGAGCUUUUCCGCACCGCCCCGCACCGGCCCCGGCCCCAGCCCCAGCCCCGGCCGCCUCACUCGCGCCGCUCCUCCGCCGCCUCGCGCCGACCCACUCACCCUCCCUCGCCGGAGCCCCUCCCCUACCAGGCUAUUAGGCGCCUCCCUCGCCAAGUCGCCAAAGACCUGUGAAUGUGAGCCAGCUUCCGGGCUCCUUUGUCCUCGCUCUGCUCGCCGCCUCUUGCGCUGCUUUCCAUUCUUUCCUCGCAUCCUGCGGAAGAGGGGAGAAGCGGGAGCGAGAGGGCUCGACCGCAUCCAGGGGUGGGGCUCGGUAUGGGGGGAGGCGAAUGCGCCCUGGGAGACGCCGCUAUAGGCGAGGAAACCCUAAACUACGACGGCGAUGACGUCGAGAUGGCCGACGCGGACUCGGACACGGAGGAAGCCCUAGCAGCUGAGGUCUCCGCUGGAACUGGAGGAGCCGCCGGUGGUGGCGGGCACGCGGAGAAGGACGGACCGGAGGGAAAGAAGAAGAAGAAGAAGAAGAGGAACAAAGGGAAGAAGAACAAAGGGAGGCAGGAUGCGGCGCCCACCACCAUCGCUGGCAUUAAUCGAUUUGUCCUUGAAACUUGCAAGCGCUUGAAGGAGAAGAAGUCAUACCUUGUCUGGAAUGCUGUUGGCUGCCUUGGUGUCACUGCUGUCACUGAUCUUGUUAGAGAGGUGGAGGCUAUUCAGAAGUGUGGUGGGCAGACUAUUGCUGAUGGAAGCCGUUUCCGCACUGGCGGUGGAAUUCUCUGGAACAUCUUAAAGUCACGGGAACCCAAGGCUUACAAGGAAAUAAUGGCAAAGGGGAAGGAACUUGAGAAGCAGUUUAGGUAUACAAAACGACCACAGAUUAGCAGAAACGAAGAUGCAAGUUCACAGGGCAGUGCAUUAAUCGAUGAUGAAAUUGAAGCGCAAGAGCAAAAGGAAAUGUUGGAUGAUCCUGAGCAGUUGGAUGAUGUGGGGGAGCCACCUGCAUCAGACAAUAGAACUCAACGCAAACCACUGGCGGACAGAAUUCGUGCUCCUGUUGCUUAUGACGAUCUGUUUGAAGAGGGAGAGAUACACGAAGGAGAACCACAAAGUUGAAGCAUUUCAAAGGUUAUGCCUCAUCAUGAGUUGUGAGGCCCAAAGGAAUGGCACAUAGUUGCAAGAGCAUGAGUAUGAACUAAUGAACUGCCACUGCAGUGUAGCAAUUAUCCCCCUAAACAUCAUCCUCGUGAUCCUGCUGUGAUAGAGAUUUUGUUGCGUUCAGUGAAACCAGUGUUGGGCCUGAAUUCAAUGGUUAAUGGAAAUCGUGGUUAUAUAAGUUUUGGGUGUAUAAUGUAUUUUUUUUUUCACGACA